AUGGGAGCUGUUUCCACCAUCUGUAUGUGGGCUUCAUUGAGAUUGGAGACCAUCAACAUUGUUUUCGCAGCUGUAUCCCAUCUCAAAAGCGCUGCAGUUUUCGAGCAGCGUAGCUGUCAUCCGCAGUCUCCUGUCAUGACAGCAGCCGAAGCCAAGUUCUAUAGGGAUGGUUAUACGCAUCGCACGGUCCUCUUUGACGGUCUGCAAUCCGCGAAGGCGGAGCACGGUGGCUCGCUGAAUUUCAGCGCCUAUCGUCAGGGUAGAGAUCGACAGUACUUGGGGGUCAACGGCAAGAACUACUAUGCCAAGCCAUGGGGGAACGACUCCUCCAACAUCCAGGCCGUCAUCAACGGCCCGGCAUAUUGGAAGCGCGUGUACUACCGCGAGAACAUUGCUGCCCGCUUCGCGAGGGAGGAUGCUGAGG